CUUCUGUUAUGGCACCCAACUCUCCUUGGUCUGCCAUGAAGGCGACAGUCGAGGUAGAGGACCAAGAGCCAGUCAUCACUGGGUUCAACAACAACGACCGUAGCUACAAUGGUGUCAAUCACGACAAGAACAAGAAGCCUGACAGUUUGGAGCUCCGCCUAUGGUGGCCUUGUGAGACUAUGCAACAGGAGGAUAUACGAGUCAUGGAGGAAGGCAAGAAGGUGACGGUGCCAGUGGGGAACAAGGUGAAGGUGCCAGAGAAUGGGAUGUCCAUCCGUCAAUCGAUGAUCGUACCAAGCGCCAGAAAGUAUUGGACCGACGAUGAACAUAUGCUCUUUCUCCAAGGAUUGGGUGCCUAUGGGCGUGGAAAAUGGAAGGAAAUAUCCACACACUUUGUCACCACCAAGACUCCCGUGCAGGUUUCAAGCCACGCACAGAAGUACUUCAGGAGGAUAAAGAAAGGAGCAUUGGAAAGGCAACGCUACAGCAUCAACGACCUAGAGCUCAAAAUUGUCAAACCAUGGACAAUCAUAAAUAACUCUAGUGCCUAAUGAUCUCUCAUCUUUGAUGAUGCUGAUAACUAGAACCAAAGUUUCUGCAUGAAAAUCAGCAUUAAGCCAAGUCCUCAGCCUGAAUAAGAUCGCUCAGUUCUAGUACCAUUCUCAAGGACAAA